AAAAUGGAAUUGGAAAUAAUGGAUGGGUAUCCCAGCAAAUGGCGCUGAAGGAAACCUGGAGACCACAACAUGAUGAAAUGUGAAAAGGAGGAAAGUAGGUAAUCUGUUAACAAGUACCUAGACCUCAGCCACGAAGUUGAAAGAGGGGCUGAGGCAUAACAGGACACUGUUCUGUAGGAGAGCUCACAAAGGGCAAGGCUUGAGGACAUUAGGAUGCUAGGCAAGUAUUUAAGUUAGUGUAUAAAGAACAUAAUUGGAGCCCCAAAAUCUAAGACCAUUAUACUGUUGAGAGGAUAGAUGGAUUGUUGGAUGGAUAGAUGGAUAGGCAUCGAUUUUCUAGACCUUAGAGCACAGGGUUGCAACUAGAUUGCAGGCACAAGACAGAAAAUUGAGUUACACUAUCUGGAUCACCACAUUGAGGCAUUCAGGCUGAUUUGAUAUGACUUACAUCUUGUGUUGAUUAGAAUCAAGGUAAGCCCCAAAACUGGAGGAAAAAGAACAUUCUGUACAAAUGGAGAACAGAAGAAUUGGGAGAAUUGGAGAGUCACAAGGACCCAGAAAGAUAAAUAUCAAUCCCAUUCAUUGUUGUCCACUCAGAGGACUUUAAACUAAAACCUCCAGAGUAAUAAGUCGUUAGAAUGGCUGCAAGGAGCAUUUCACAUAGAAGAUAGAGCUUCAAAGAGAAGACUGGAAACUGACAUGAAGCACCAUCCAGGCCACAAAAAAGAGCCAGAAAUAAUAGACUAAAUGGAAUAAUAAUUAAGAGCUAGUAGCACAAUCAACUAAAGUUCAGGAAUGUAGUCCAUGCUUUAACUAAUUUUGUUUUCUAGAAUGUUUCGUAUUUCCACAGGUGGCUCUGUGGUCAUUUGGGUCCAUCGUGGACAUUUGAAGCAUUAGUAUGCUUUUUCUACAAGUAAUAUAAGAGUGCCUUAGAUGACAAGAACAUCUAUUAUUUUACACAUCAAGCAGUCUUCUAUAACAAGAGAAAAGGAGUUUAUCUUAAGAGAACUGGACAGACAUAAUUAUAAAGCUAAAAUUGGCAUUUGGGGAUGAUUUCUUUCCCAGAUUCAUUUCAAGUGCUCUUCUUCAGGGAAAUUAUCGUUUCAUGAAACUCUUACUUACACGCAGAGCAAACUGGAUGCAAAAGGAUCUAGAAGAGAUGACUCCUUUACACUUGACCACCCGGCACAGGAGCCCUAAGUGUUUGGCACUUCUGCUGAAGUUUAUGGCACCAGGAGAAGUGGAUACGCAGGAUAAAAACAAGCAAACAGCUCUGCACUGGAGUGCCUACUAUAAUAACCCUGAACAUGUGAAGCUGCUUAUCAAGCAUGAUUCCAACAUUGGGAUUCCUGAUGUCGAAGGCAAGAUCCCACUUCACUGGGCAGCCAACCAUAAAGAUCCAAGUGCUGUUCAUACAGUGAGAUGCAUUCUGGAUGCUGCCCCUACAGAGUCUUUACUGAACUGGCAAGACUACGAGGGUCGAACACCUCUUCACUUUGCAGUUGCUGAUGGGAACGUGACAGUGGUUGAUGUCUUGACCUCAUACGAAAGCUGCAAUAUAACGUCUUAUGAUAACUUAUUUCGAACCCCGCUUCACUGGGCAGCUUUACUAGGCCAUGCACAGAUUGUCCAUCUCCUUUUAGAAAGAAAUAAGUCGGGAACUAUCCCAUCUGACAGCCAAGGAGCAACACCCUUACACUAUGCAGCUCAGAGUAAUUUUGCUGAAACAGUUAAAGUAUUUUUAAAACAUCCUUCAGUGAAAGAUGAUUCAGACCUGGAAGGAAGAACAUCCUUUAUGUGGGCAGCUGGGAAAGGCAGUGAUGAUGUCCUUAGGACUAUGCUGAGUUUAAAAUCUGACAUUGACAUUAACAUGGCAGACAAAUACGGAGGUACAGCUUUACAUGCUGCUGCUCUUUCUGGCCAUGUCAGCACAGUGAAGUUAUUAUUGGAAAAUAAUGCGCAAGUAGACGCUACUGACGUCAUGAAACACACUCCACUUUUCCGAGCCUGUGAGAUGGGACACAAAGACGUUAUUCAGACACUCAUUAAAGGUGGAGCAAGGGUAGAUCUAGUUGACCAAGAUGGACAUUCUCUGUUACAUUGGGCAGCACUGGGAGGAAAUGCUGAUGUUUGUCAGAUAUUGAUAGAAAAUAAGAUCAACCCCAAUGUGCAAGAUUAUGCAGGAAGAACCCCUUUGCAGUGUGCUGCAUAUGGAGGAUAUAUCAACUGCAUGGCAGUGCUCAUGGAAAAUAAUGCAGACCCUAACAUUCAAGACAAAGAGGGAAGAACGGCUUUGCACUGGUCCUGUAACAACGGAUACCUUGAUGCUAUCAAAUUACUACUAGACUUUGCUGCUUUCCCUAAUCAGAUGGAAAACAAUGAAGAGAGGUACACACCCCUUGAUUAUGCUUUGCUUGGUGAGCGCCAUGAAGUGAUCCAGUUCAUGUUGGAGCACGGCGCCCUGUCCAUCGCAGCCAUACAAGACAUUGCUGCCUUCAAAAUCCAAGCUGUCUACAAAGGGUAUAAGGUCAGGAAAGCUUUCCGAGACCGGAAAAAUCUCCUCAUGAAGCAUGAACAGUUGAGAAAAGAUGCAGCUGCCAAAAAACGAGAGGAAGAAAACAAGCGAAAAGAGGCAGAACAGCAGAAAGGAAGGUGGAGCCCAGAUUCCUGCAGACCCCCAGCCCUAACCUGUCUGCCCAGUACCGAGGACGAGCCCAGCAGGCAGAGCUGUGCCUCCAGCAAACAGCCUCCUGCCGGCAACACAACCCAGGGCCCUGAGCCAGGAGACUGCAGAGGGUCUCCAGGAGGGCCUCGAGGCAGGGUCCCCCAGAAGGAAGAGUAUGUUUCCUCAGACUUGCAGGGAACAAACUCCAGAAAGCCAAAUGAAACAUCCAGAGAACAUUCUAAAGGCCAAUCUGCCUGUGUCCACUUCAGACCCAGUGAAGGCAGUGAUGGAAACAGGCGUUCAGGAGUCCCCUCUGUUGAGAAGUCCAGAGGUGAGACAGCUGGUGAUCAGCGGUGUGAAAAGGGGAAAGGCUUCUUGAAGCAGCCCCCCUGCAUUAGGGGGGCCAGGCCUGAUGAGAAAGGAGAGGACCCCCAUCGGGCAGCUACAAGCCUCCCACAGCAGGACGGCCACCGGAAGCCCAGGAGGUGGCAUGACACAGCACCCACAGCCAAAUGUGCCCCCCAGAAAAGGCGCAUUCAAGAGCUCAAAGGAGGAAGGUGCUCCCCGGCUGGUUCCAGCCGGCCCAGCAGUGCCAGGGGGGAGGUGGUCCAUGCUGGGCAGAAUCCUCUUCACCAUCGCACACCAAGAAGCAAAGUGACACAGGCCAAGCUUGCUGGAGGGGUCUAUUCAGAUGUGCCACAGAGCACAGAGGAGUUGAGGGCAGGAGCCAGAACGAUGGGGACAUCUAUCCUGUAUGAGGACAUUCAGGUAUCUCAGGAGACUGAUCCAACACUUGGUUCCCUCUCUGGGCAGAAUGUGAAUAUUGACCUUCUCCCCGUAGAGCUCCGCCUGCAGAUAAUUCAGAGAGAAAGAAGUAGGAAAGAGCUGUUUCGCAAAAAGAACAAGGCAGCAGCAGUCAUCCAGCGUGCCUGGCGAAGCUACCAGCUCAGGAAGCACCUGUCCUACCUUCUGCAAAUGAAGCAGCUUGGAGCUGGCAACGUGGACAGAUGGAACCGAGAAUGUACAGCUUUGCUCCUCCAGGUUUGGAGGAAGGAGCUGGAACUAAAGCUCCCAAAAACCAUUGCAGUGAGCAGGGCCCCCAAGAGUCCAUCCAAGGGCACUUCAGGCACAAAAUCCACCAAGCACUCCGUGCUCAAGCAAAUCUACGGUUGUUCUCAAGAAGGGAAAGUACAUCAUCCCCCAAGAUCUGCAAAAGCCCCCUCUGCGCUGCGUCUCAAUUCAGUGAGCAACUUGCAGUGUAUACAUCUCCUUGAAAACAGUGGAAGAUCAAAGAACUUUUCUUACAACCUGCAAUCAGCUACUCAAUCAAAAAACAAAACAAAACUCCGACUGCCUGUGGAGGAAGACUGUAUUCGAGGGAGCUGGAAUAGAUAGUGCACAGUUGAUUCUCUGCUGAUUGUCUUUCACAUCUUGUGAAAACUUUAAUAUCUAUGCCUGAAGCCCUAUUAGCCUAAAAAUGUGGUAACUCAAAGAAAAUGCUAGAAUAUUUUCUUUCUGCUCUUACAUAGUACUGUUUUGGAAACCAUCAGAACAUAAGCACU